UGGAGCCGAGUCCAUCAGAGAGACGGACUGCAGAGGAGGAAGUGAUGUCAUCAUGGUGGUUAGUCUGUGGGUCAUGUGACUUCCUGACGUCCAGAUUAGAGCUGAUCUCAGCCUGAGUCUCUGCUGCUGAAGACGAGACGGGAUGGAGGCGCUGCUCACAGCUCUGCUCCUGAUUCUGGGAUUAUCUGCUGGUCAGGAAGUGAAGGAGAAUCUGACAGGAAUCGUUGGAGGAAGCAUCGCUCUACCUGGAGGUGUCACAGAGACAUGGUUUCUUUUAUAUGAUGGAAAAAUCAUUGCUUCAGUGUCUGAUGGUGAACUUAAUAUUAUUGUGAACUUUUACAAGACCAAGCUUCAGUGGAACCGAAGCUCUGGACUCUUUACGAUCACAAACCUGCAGAAGAACGACUCAGGAAUCUAUAUAGUUCAAAAAGGACAAUUUUUUUCUUCAUAUAAACUCCAAAUCUAUGAUCCAGCACCGACUCCUGAUGUGAAAGCUGUUAGCCUGACCUCUGACCUCUGCCUGUUGACCUGCUCUGUGGACAAUCCAGCGACUCUGCACUGGAUCAGAGACAAAGAAAUACACAACCAGAGUCUCUCUGCUCGGUCUUUACCUUUUAUUGUUCAUAAAGAGGAUAGAAACUCAUCAUAUAGAUGUGUAGCAGCCAAUCCUGCAGAGAACAAGACUGUAGAUGUUAACUUGAUGACUUCCUGUUGGCUCAGCCAAGAAGAAACUCUGGUUGAUAGAAGAACAUAUUGGAUCCCAGCUGCUGUUGCAGUGACUCUCGUUGCAUUGGUGGCUUUUGGAGUCUUGGUGAUCAGGAAGAAAUUUAUGAGCCGAAAGGAAGCAGCUGGACAAACACAGAACAGGUCAGGAUUUUCGUUUCCUCCAGAAGUUUCUCUUCAGGAAAAUGAUCCAACAUUUACGACAGUCGUCUAUGGAGCCUGAAACCUGGAAAAACUUCAGAACAUUCCUGCUUUUAAAUGUUUGAGAUAUUUUAUUUUUUCCAGUUUAUACUUUGGUGCAGAAGUUUUGGACAAAUUGAAGUUUAUGCAAAACAAACUUUGAGCUGAACUGUAGAGAAAACAGAUGCAAUAAAAUCACAUUUAUUUCCAUAGAAUAUUUCAGAGCAUUUAAGUUUAUCUGCUGUUUUCCAAAGCAAAGGAUUUAAAGCUUAAACAUUCAGAAAAACAUAGAAUCACAUCAAACAGAUGUGCAGAUAAUUCUGGGUUACUCAUUUGGUUUCUGUCGAUUUAUUUCUAUUUUUAAAAU